AUGUUUGCUGGUGAAGGUCAACAAUCGAAAAUGAGAUAUACUCCUAAAGAUCAUUGUGCAUUACAAUAUUCAUGUUUAUGUCAAUAUUUAAUAAAACAAAAUUCAACAGCUAUCAAUAUACAAAGUUUAUCAACAAGACCAGAUGAAAAAGAAAUUUUAAUUCUUCCAUUUACUGUUUUUAAAGUGACAGCAAUUAAACGAAAUUAUCUUGAUGAUCCAACAGCAUCAAUUUCAAUUGAAAUUGAAUUAGAAGAAUGUGAAGAUCCAUAUGAUAAUAAAAAUGAAUCAGAAACUAAUGAAACAUCAAGAAUACCAUCAUUAUCAUCAACUAAUAAUGACAUCAAAGAUGUUGAACAAUAUCAAAAAUUCAAACAACGAAAAUGUCGUCUUUAUGCCAUCAUUGGAUUUUUAGUGUUCGCUAUUCUUUUGGCUUCAAUUGUUAUAUUCGUUUUUAUUUUCGUUAUUCAAAAGGAUUCCACGAAACAGACUACAACCAUGACAACGCCUACCACACAAAACGAUAAUGAUGAUGACGAUUAUUCAUUACCACCAGGUUGUCCCAAUAUAUUAAAACGUUCAAGCUGGAAUGCACGUCCGUAUACCAAUCGUGCAAAUAUAACAACAUUACCAGUUACAAAUAUUGUUGUACACCAAUUAGAAGGUUUGAAGUCAAUUAUGAAUCAGCAAGAUUGUAUUACUCAAAUGAAAGGAGUUCAAGACUAUAACAUGGAUACAGAAAGUUUAGCUGAUAUUAGUUAUAAUUUUCUCCUGUGUGAUUAUGAUGGUGACCAACAACAAAUUUAUACAGGCAGAGGAUGGAAAUUUGCUGGUGCACAUUGUAUAAAUUAUAAUAAACGAUCAUUGGGUAAAAAUGAAUUUCUCUUAUAA